CUCUCUCUCUCUCUCGUGACCACGUCCACACACGCUGGCUGCAGACAAUCCUAGCAGAGGACAGGAAACCAAACUAUGAAGCUUUAGGAAACACCAGCUGAGCAUUUGUCACAGCUCACUGAUGAUUUUAACAUUUUGUUCAAUGUUUUCAACUCAGCUCUGACUUUGAAGGAGUCGCUUUUGUCCAGAAAAGCUGUCCGGUGCGCUCACAGUGUCCAUGUGGAUACCACAAAGAGUUUUGUGCCACGUUUUAAAAGCAUAACGGAGUAGCAUCGAUCGAUUUGUUUUUUAGUUUGCUGUCAGGACGGCGGGACUUCUGUACAAAGAUUCCUGAACUUGUUUGGGGCAGUUUGCAGAUAGAAGAAUGCUGCCCCAGCUCCUCACCCUGGCCUGUGGUCUCUGCUGCUUUGGUUUUAUCUCCGUCACUGCAAAUGUACUAAAAGCAGAGGGUUGGCUGCAGCAGUAUGGCUACCUGCCUCCAGGUGAUGUCAGAGCCCAGGCUAUCCGCUCACCAAAGUCCAUUGAAAUAGCGAUAUCAAACAUGCAGAGGUUUUACGGUUUGACUGUCACUGGCUCCAUAGACUCCAACACGUUAGAGGCGAUGAGCCGGCCGCGGUGUGGCGUCCCAGACAAGUUUGGCCCGGAGCUGAAAACCAACCUGAGGAGGAAGAGAUACGCCGUGCAGGGUCUGAAGUGGGAAAAGUCUGAGGUGACCUUCAGCAUACAGAACUACACCCCUAAGAUCGGAGAGCGAGCCACAUAUGAAGCUAUCCGAAAAGCCUUCAAGGUGUGGGAGAACGUGAUCCCGCUCACCUUCAGGGAGAUCCCAUACAGCCACAUCAGGGACAAGGUCGACAAGUUCGCAGACAUCAUGCUCUCGUUCUCAUCGGGUUUCCAUGGCGACAGCACACCGUUUGACGGCGAGGGCGGCUUCCUGGCUCACGCUUACUUCCCCGGACACGGCAUCGGGGGAGACACGCACUUUGACCUUGCUGAGCCCUGGACCACCGGGAACACAGACCAGGGCGGUAAUGAUGUUUUCCUGGUGGCUGUCCAUGAGCUUGGUCAUGCUCUGGGUCUGGAGCACUCCAACGACCCCUCUGCCAUCAUGGCCCCCUUCUACCAGUGGUUUGAAACGGAAAACUUCCAGCUCCCAGACGACGACCGCAGAGGCAUCCAAGCAAUCUAUGGAUCCAAGUCUGGGGCUCCCCCACCUCCCCCACCUCCCCCUCGACCCACAAAGCCGUCCACCCCUGACAAUGGCCCAGACAUCUGUGAGGGACACUUCGACACCAUUGCUAUCCUCAGAGGGGAAAAGUUUGUAUUUAAGGACAAGUGGUUUUGGCGUGUGCGUAACAACAAGGUGUUGCCAGGUUACCCGAUGGCCAUCAGUCACUUCUGGAAGGGCCUGCCAUCAAACAUCAACGCAGCCUACGAGAGGGAUGAUGGGAAGUUUAUCUUCUUUAAAGCUGAUAGGUACUGGGUUUUUAAUGAGAACAGCAUGGAAAAGGAUUCCCCCAAGAGCCUGAAAGACCUGGGCACCAGUCUACCUAAAGACAAGAUCGAUGCUGCUCUCUUCUACACACCGACAGGACAGACGUACUUUUUCAGAGGCACUAAGUACUACCGUUUCAACGAGCAGACUCGCACAGUGGACAGCGGUUAUCCAAAGCCCAUCAGCAUGUGGAGCGGUGCACCGGAAAACAUCAAAGCUGUCAUCAUGAGUGAAGAUGGAUCUUACACUUAUUUCUACAAAGCCAACAAGUACUGGAAGUUCAACAACCAGUACAUGAAGGUGGAGUCCGGUUACCCCAAGUCUGUGCUCACUGACUGGAUGGGCUGCGAGGGCGAGGAGCCCAAGAUAGGUCGGAAGGAGGAGGAGAUCAUCAUCGGGCCGGCGGCCGUGGUGAUCCCUCUCCUCUUACUGGUGCUGGUUGUGAUCACUCUGGGAGCGCUUUUGUUCUUCAGGAAGUACGGCACGCCUCGACGCCUCCUCUACUGCCAGAGAUCCCUCCUGGACAAGGUGUAGGCAGAGCGACGGGGUGAUUGACAGACAGACUGCCACAGAGGGACAGAAAGAGAGGAGGAGAGAACGAGGGCCGGCUGAAGAUGGAAACUGAGAGGAGGAAGAAACGGAAGAGGAGGAGAGAGCAACUGGAGAAAACACAGGAGAAAUGGAGGGUAGGGACGAUGUGUUAAGUUUUGAGUGGUUUGUAUGUGCCACAACAGAGAGAAAAAAGGCCCUAGAAACUGAAAUCAGGAAAAUGUGUAUUUGUAUGUUAAGUAUUUACAUGUACUGUUCUGUGUUCAGAGAUUAACAACAUACCCACAAUCUCACAUAAUUGUCAUGCAUUGCUCCCGGGUUGUGACCCAGGUCUUCACUGAAUUGUCAUGAGCAGGGAUAUACCCAUGUUGACUGGCUGGGUUUGAAUUUUCAAAAGGAGGGUUGAACCCUGAUCAGACAACCCGGGCCAAACCCAGGUCAUUGGUGUGAAAGAGAUAAUAGAGAAGGGAAAUAUACAAAGAGACUCAUCAACGACUUCCUCCUGCCUCUCCUCUCUCACAUCCCUGGUAUAGAAAAAAAAAACAUCCCUCCUUCCUUCCUCUCCUUUAACUGGACGACUCCAGCUGAACUGCUGUCUGAUUAAUUUACUCAGAAAUUCAUCAUCUCUGUUAAGAGUUUUUGCUCUGAAACACAUUUGCUGUUAGGUUUUUUUGGGGAGUUUUUAUUCUGAAAUUCAUUCAUUUCAACGUGACAUUUUUGCAGAUGUGUAACCUUGUUUCCUUAUUUUGUGAUAAAACAGUUCCAGAUUUAAAGCAAAGUUCUGCUAAUUUUACUAUUUUAUUGAAAACUCUGGCUUCUUGUUAAUGGAAAAAAAUGCUAAUAUUUCGGAAAGGUACUGAAAAAAAUAUUAUUUUGAUAUCGUUACUCAGGUAUCGUAUCCGCACUAGCAUGGGGAAUUUUCAAAUGAUACCUAGCCUGCUAUCUAGACGAUUAUCACCCAUCACCAUGUUCAGUUUUAGUUAUUAUCACCUGCCUUAUGUCUAAUGGGGCGGAGUAUAACAGCAUGUCACUUAUGCACAGUGUUAGUAUUGAUUGAUGCAGACUUUUGAAAAUGCACAGAUAUGAUUCAUAAUUAGUAUUUGUUUAACCGGGAUUAUGUUCACAAAAGUCAGACUUAACACGAGGCUGCUCCCCUUGACGGUCUAGCUGCAUUCACAGGCAAAACUCCAAAACACCUUCAGUGUAAGCAGUCAGACGGGAAAAAAUAUUUUUUU